AUGUACACAUUACUAAGCGGCCUUUAUCGAUAUCUUACACGCAAAGAAGAAUACUAUGUUCUUAUUAUCGGUCUCGACAAUGCCGGCAAAACGACAUUGCUGGAACGAAUAAAGUCCAUCUUCAUUGGUGUACCGGGAUUGGCGCCUGAACGAAUCGCUCCUACUGUGGGUUUAAACAUUGGCAGAGUGGAUAUCAAAUCAUCACGUAUCAACUUUUGGGAUCUCGGUGGUCAACAAGACCUUCAAUCUAUCUGGGAACGAUAUUAUCCAGAAUGUCAUGGCAUUGUCUUUGUGGUCGAUUCUACCGAUAGCAAACGAUUGGAAGAGUGUCGGGAUACCUUUGAACGUAUCAUUACCAAUGACCAAGUGGAAGGUGUACCUAUCUUGAUGCUGGCAAACAAGCAGGAUGUAGAUGGAGCAUUGCGUGUCGAAGAGAUCAAAGAGGUGUUUAAUCGGAUAGCGGUCAAGCUUGGUGCACGUGAUUCCAGGGUGCUUCCUGUCAGUGCACUUACAGGAACGGGCGUGAAUGAAGCUGUGGAUUGGUUGAUCCUUCGAUUACAUCGCAAUAAUAUGCAUAGACCCCCAAUCAUUCGUGACUAA